AGAAAGGAAGGAAGAAAAGGAAAGAAAGAAGAAACAUCCACAAACAGAUUUCAUUUGAGAGAGAGAAAUUAACCACCAUGGCUGAUCUAGCAACUCUGAUCAGUGGUUUGAUUUCAAAUUUGGUACCUCUGAUUAAGGAUGAAUUCAAGUUGAUUUAUGGUUUUGAUGAUGAGGUUGAAAAGCUAUUGGGCACGCUAUCUGCAAUUAAUGCCACACUUGAGGAUGCUGAGAUAAAGAACGAGUGGAAGAAGGACAAACAAACCGAAGAUUGGUUGCGGAAGCUCAAAGGCAUGGCAUACGAGGUUCGAGACAUCAUGGAUGAGUGCACCUUUGAAGAUCUUCGUCUACAAGUCAAAAGGCUUAAUCCCUCCUCCUCUUCAACCAAGAAAAAGGUAACCAACUGUAUCUCCCAUCCUUUUAGCAACACUCGGUCUCGUCGUAAAAUUGGUAAAAAAAUUAAGGAUGUUCAAGAGAAAUUAGAAAAGAUUCAUUUAGAGCGCAAAAAUUUACAAUUGCAUGAACGGGCUAUUCAUGACUCGAAAAUAAAAGAAGACAAGUUUACUAGUAGUUGGCGUGAAACCAUGUCUCUUUCUAGUAGUAAAGUAUAUGGGAGAGAUGAGGAGAAGAAACAGAUUAUUGAUAUUCUACUCAAUAAAUCUAAUGUUGGUGUUGCUACAGAACAAUUAUCUGUUCUGCCCAUUGUUGGGAUUGGGGGUCUUGGUAAAACAACCUUUGCCCAAAUGGUCUUCAACGACGAGGAGGUUUCUAAGCAUUUUGAUACCAAAAUAUGGGUUUGUGUUUCUGAUGAAUUUGAUAUUAAGUUGGUCAUCAAAGCCAUCAUAGGAGCAAAUAAUGAAAGUUCCUUGGAGAUAUUGAAGGACUCGAUUCAAAAUAAAUUGAGAGGGAAAAUAUAUUUGAUUGUAUUGGAUGAUGUUUGGAAUGAAAACGUUUGUGCAUGGGAUCAGUUGAGAUCUGUAUUAGACUGUGGAGCAAAUGGUUCGUUUGUCCUUACCACGACACGUAAAAGAAGAGUGGCGGAAAUCAUGAAAACUAUUCCAGAUUUUGAGUUACCGGCACUCUCUUACGAUGAUUGUUGGCUACUAUUCAAAGAACGUGCAUUUGAGUCUGGAAAAUCAAAAGAUCCAAACUUCGUUAAUAUUGGUAAACAAAUAACUAGAAGAUGCAAUGGUGUUCCUUUAGUUGCCAAAACAUUGGGAAGUCAUCUGGGGUUUUGUGACGACGAAAAAGAAUGGCAUAGAAUAAGAGACAGUGAGAUAUGGGAGAUAUCCGAAAAUGAAGAAGAUCUCAUGCCUAUACUAAGGUUGAGUUACUAUGACCUAUCUUAUCAAUUGAGAAGAUGCUUUGCGUUUUGUGCUAUAUUUCCCAAGGAUACUAAAAUUGAAAAGGAGAGAUUAAUCAAAUUGUGGAUAGCUCAUGGUUUAAUUGCUCCAGUUACAAAUCAAGAAGUUGAAGAUGUUGGGAAUAGAAUUUGGAAGGAGUUAUGUUGGAGAUCCUUUUUUCAAGAUGAAAAAGAGAACACAUAUUGGGAUGGUACAGUUUAUACAACAUGUAUAACAUGUAUGAUGCACGAUCUUAUGCACGAUCUUUCGCAAUCUGUUAUGAAAGAUGAAUGUUAUACGAUGAAUGCUAAGAAAUCAAGUGAUGGUUUAGAACGUGAAAUUCGUCAUGUAACAUUAAUGGUUGAUCAGUUAGACCAAACAUCAGUCAAUACAUCAAUUUGUUCUCUUAAGAAAAUUGGAGGGUUGCAAUCAAUGUUUCUCUAUGACGAGUGUGGAAAUGUCACGAAGGAGAUUUUGAGUGACUUGAAGGAAUAUUUCUUGUCUUUACGUGUCCUUGAAGUAAGACACUGUAUGCAAUAUCAAGAUUUGAGUUAUGUGAGUCGUCUAAAACAUCUUAGAUUUUUAGACAUUUCUAAUAGUGAGAUAACAACACUGCCUGAUAGUAUAUGUGAUCUCUUUCACUUACAGACUCUGAAACUCAUUAAAUGUUAUAUGCUUGAAAGUUUGCCUAAAAAUAUGAGGAACCUUGUUAACCUGAGGCAUCUUUAUUUGGAUGGUUGUGUUAGAUUAAAAUAUAUGCCCAGAGGGAUGGGGCAAUUGAAACAUCUCAAGACGUUAAGCUUGUUUGUGAUAGGCGAAGAAAUAGAUUGCUGCCAACUAGACGAAUUAAAAGAAUUGGAUAUUGGAGGAUCCUUGAUAAUUGAGAACCUUGGAAGAGUUAGUGAUGCAUCUAUUGCAAGAGGGAUAAGUAUGGCUAAAAAGUCGAAUAUCACUAACUUGGAGUUGGAUUGGGGUUAUAAUCGUGAUGCUGAUGGACAUGAGAAAAUAUGUAAAGCUCUAGGGGUUUCAACUGCGAGGCUGAAGACAUUGAUAAUGAGUGGUUACAAAGGUGUGAAUCCCCCUAAAUGGGUGGGAAAGUCAUCUCCUUCUAUUGGUAGUAGCAGCAGCGAUGAUAGUGAAAUGAUGAUAGUACUAUUCCCUUUAUUAGAGAUACUAAUUAUUAUUGAGAUGAAUAAUUUGAGGGAAUUGGUAUCUCCUACUACUAUUCCUAGUAACGAAGCAUUCUCUAAUCUAUGCAAGUUGGGGAUAUCUAAUUGCCCAAAGCUAGGGGCCUUGCCAGUACCGCAUCUGAAAGCACUCAAAGAUGUAUGUGUUUCAGGUGAAUGUUCGGAUGAGUUGUUAUAUAGCAUCUCAAAUCUUAGUGCUCUCGCUCGUCUCACUCUUAGGAAUAUGAAUAAAAGAGUUUUAUUUGGAGCUGGUUAUAUGGUAUUAAUGUUUGAUGAUGAUGAGAUACAAUUAAGAGGAGGAGGAGGAGUACGCUCAACUUUCCAAUCUCUUCAAACUCUGCGUAUUUGGAGGUGCAGCAAGUUAAGGCGUUUGUUUGAUUCGGGAAUGAUAAUGGAAGAAGAGAGUACUAAUGGCUGCGAGAAGCAACAAAAGCAUCAUCAUCAUCUUCAAGCAGAAAGAACAAGAGAUCUCAUCCACUCUCUCAAGGAAUUGUAUAUUCGUAAUUGUUGGGAGUUGAUGAUAUCAGUUGAGGAAUUUGGAAACCUCAAUUCACUACAGAGUUUGGAAAUCAGGGGUUGUCCUAAGUUGGUGUCUUCAGAAGAAGAGGACGAUUUUAAGGCACUCCUACGUUCCCUUCGAGCAAGACUUGGUCCUAUCUACUUCUCUGUAGAUAUUGAAUUGGAAAAGGAAAAGGAAGAGGGAGAGCAUAGCAGAGCAUAGUGUGUGGCCCCCAUCAUCAUCAUCAUAAGCAAAUUUGGAGGAAAAGUCUUCAUCAGGGAUCUUCAUCUUCUGCUUCUAGAAAGAAAGAAAGAAAGAAAGAAAGAAAGAAAGAAAGAAAGUGGGGGAAACUUCUUUAUAAUAAAGUUAUUUCAUCUCAUUUUCUAAUUUGCACAUUUAAUUGUAUUUCAUGCAUAUCUAUCUAUCUAUCUGUUCAUCCCAAAAUGUAUAUUCUUGUUGCUUUGUGAAGGAUAUAAAUAUUAUUGGCAGACUUGACUUGAUUUAUAAUGAUAUUUGA